UAAAUCUGACCUUCAUCAUAUCCAAAAUGGCUUCCAUCGAGCUGGGUCUUCCAUUCGCUUACAGAAAGUUUUGAUGGGUUAUUUUAGCUAACGUUCUUUGUAUUAAGGGACCACGAUGUUGAAGAUAGCCAGAAGAUAAUAAUUGGACAUUUAAUAACAUAUGUGUGAUUGGAGUACAGUUGUAUUUUGUCUUUGAAACCCAGUUUGUGAUUUUACUUGAGUUGGAUUCUUGCCAAAAACUUGACAAGCUUGAAGGAAGAAAUAUUGUUGUGGGCUUCGCACAAUCCUUUGGCCCUGUUCUGGGUUUACGUAGACGACGCACUGGUGCGUGUCAAGACUAUAUAUUUUGUUUGUGUAUAGCUUGGAUUAUAGGUAAUCAGAAGUUGUUUGAUCAGAUAUUGAUUGGAGAAAUGUUUACGACAGAUUUACAUCUGUGCGUGUGAAAAGAAAACCGAUGUUUUAUUGGGGUUUACGGCGGUAGAGACUCGACCGCUAUUAACAAAUAAGACUGACCCUGAUUUGGCCUUAAAACCCCCCAUCUGAGUCACGAUAAAUAUUCAUAGGGCACGUAUGCAACUUAGAUAUUAAUCAUCAGUGUUUUCAACGUUUCUGUAUACAGCUGAUCAACAGAAACCGAAAAUAUGGAGAACAAUUAUUUAGCCUCAAGUAAACAUGUGUGUGUUGUAUUGAUUUUCUUGAUCUCACAUUUCGUCACAAUCAACAGUUGGCAAUACAAAUGGAAUCCUAAUUCUUACUCCUCUGUACAAGAUGGUCAAAAAAGUAUUAUGUAUUUUCAUGGGAAACUACAUGAAAAUGACUAUUUUAAAGUGAUACACUCUGAAGAUGACUGGAUGCUGGUCGGAGCUAGAAAUGUUGUUCACAACAUCAGUUUAGCUGAUUUAAAACAGUUUGAUGAAAUAAAAUGGCCUGCAGACGAAUCGGAUAUCAAUGUUUGCAUCAGGAAACAAAAACCAAAAGAAGAGUGUCAGAAUUAUAUCCGUGUUUUAGUACCAAAGAACACUAUGGAUUUAUUUGUUUGUGGUACAAAUGCUUUCAGACCAAGAUGCCGAACUUAUCGAAAAAACAGUGAAGGAAAAUAUGAAUUUAAGGGAAAAGAAGAGGAGGGCAUUGCCAAAUGUCCCUUUGAUCCCAAACAAAACAGCACAUCCAUUUACGUAGAUGGUAAAUUUUAUUCCGCAACUGUUGCUGAUUUUUCUGCACGGGAUCCUUUGAUCUUGGAAAGUGACAAAUUUAUCAGGUCUGAACAGUAUGACUCAAAAUGGUUAAAUGAACCCAAUUUUGUAAGUUCCUUCGCAAAAGAGGACAAAGUGUUUUUCUUUUUCCGAGAAACAGCCAUUGAAAAUAUCAACUGCGGCAAAGCAACGUUUUCCAGAGUCGCUCGAAUUUGCAAACAAGACCAAGGUGGUAAUGUACUUUUACCCAAUACAUGGACCUCUUUCUUCAAAGCUAGACUAAAUUGCUCCAUUCCUGGAAAUAUGCCCUUUUAUUUUAAUGAAAUUCAGUCGACCACAUCACUGGAGGAAGGUAGCUAUAGACCAGUACCAAACAGUCGCGAUCGACAUGAUAUGAUUUAUGGUGUUUUUACCACAAGCGAAAAUAGUAUUCCUGGUUCUGCAAUCUGUGCUUUUAGUCACGAGGAUAUCAUUAAUACUUUUCAAGGGCAGUUCAAGGGUCAAGAAUCAGCACUGCAUAAUUGGUUGGCUGUACCAGAAGAAAAGGUGCCAGUUCCGCAUCCACAGGAGUGCUCUAGACACAGCAAGGAUUUGCCAGAUAUGACACUAGAUUUUAUCAAAACUCAUCCAUUGAUGGAUAAAGCUGUUCCGGCUAGAGGCGGGGCACCGAUAUUGGUACAUACCAGUUUUACAUCGAGAUUUACGCAGAUUGCUGUUGAUUGGCAGGUGAAUUCCGGUAAAGGAAGAUAUUACGAUAUUAUAUUUGUGGGUACUAACGAUGGACGUGUUAUCAAGACUAUUAACAAAGGGGAGACAUCUAAAAUAGAAACAGUUAUAAUUGAAGAUAUUUUAGUGUUUCACGAUCAUUCCCCAAUUACUAAUUUGAAAGUUUACAAGAAAAACAGUUUAACAGAGAAACUGGUUGUCAUGUCUAGCAAAGAUAUCGUCUCCAUUCCACUACAUCGAUGUCAUGAGAAAAUGUCGUGUCAUGCUUGUGUUGCUUUACAAGAUCCAUACUGUUCUUGGAUUGAAAAUAAAUGCGCUAAUUCCGAAAGAGGCAUUCAGAACAUCCAAGAAGGGAAAGAUGAUGAUUGUGGUCCUGCACCGCCAAUGGGUGUCAGCAAGCCGCCUACAACAACAAUCCGACAUUUUGUUCCUCAAAAGCCACUAGUUUGUAAUUGCAAAGAUCAGGAAAACCCCCAAAAAACGUAUCCCAUCGACGUACCGAAUAGCGUACCUGUUAAUUAUCCAGAAAUGCCAGAAGAAAACCAAAAUUUUAUUGACAAAGGCGGUCGUGUUGAAGAAAUCAAAGACAGAACAGAAUCAAAUGUGACAGCAUCAACCAUGGCUAUUUCUGUUGUAGUGUCUAUAGUGUUAUCGCUUGUGAUAGGGUUCUUGAUAGGGUAUAAGGUCAGUUCCUGUCGGGGUUCCAGGAACAUUGAUACCCCCCAUUUAGAUAGAAACAUUGCUAUUCAAAAAACAAAAAACAGACUCUCGUCUACGGGAGAAAAUGUGUAUUUUAACCCCGAAACUGUGAACUUACAAAAACCUAAUAUAAAUUAUGUUGUGAACGUUACAAAUCAAGGUAAAUUGAACAGUUCAGUGGAAACUAAACCCGUACACAAAUCAAACAAAGUCUACUUAUAACAUGGUGUUUUUAAUUUGUUAUUGGUGCUUUUUAGUGAUUUGUUUUAAAAGUUUAACCAAAGUGAAAAAAGAAAUCUGGCCAGUGGUUGUUUUCAUUGUUGUUUUAAUUAAGCUGUGUAAACUCUUGAGUGAAAAAGCAAGUCUACUGCCAAGAGAAUCGGUUCUCUCCAUUGAGAAUAAGGGCAAAGUCGCAAACUAUAUGGCCAAAAAUUUUUACUUUUGUUGGAUUUGUGUGUGUGUUAAACAUGUUAUUCAAGUCUACUGCAAAAUGGAAGUUAAAUGACUUGUAAAUCUUGUGUACAACUGCCAAAAACUAAGGACUCCAGACAGUUUGUGUGUACCUGUAUUAUUCAAGCUUUGUGGUUGUGUUUGGCAUUAAGCCUAUUUUUUAUUUUAUCUUCUCAAAUCAUAAAAGUGAAGAUUUAACAAAAACAUAAACAUGUGACCACACCAGACUCUUCAAAGGUUGUGAUUUUACAUUGUAUAAACUAACAGAGGGGAAAUGUACCCUCUAGUUGUGACAUUUUCAUCAUAUUGUUGGAAGAGCUGGUGAAUUUACAUAGAAAAAGUUGACGUCAUAAACUCACUAUAAAGAAAGACAUUCCAUUUUAAAUUUGGAUUUCUAUAGUGCUAUCAUAUCCCACCUAUAUAUAAACAUAUCUUGGCUCACCCAGUGGGCAAAGAGAUUGAGGUCAACAGUCUUUUAUAAGUCUCUCAAAUUACUGCAUUGGUAUACACUGUAGCUUCACGGUCCAGUAACUUUGAUUUGUUCUUUCGCCUCAAUAACAUCUUUCAUCUGAUACUCUACAUUAGUUUCUAUUCAGAGGACUAUCUUGGAAUAUUAUCACUUGAAUAGAUAUGACAGCCAGUGGAUAAAUAGGCGAUUAUCAUGAACAAGCAACCAUUAAAAAAGUUUAUAGCUAGGUAGAUAAAUAAUAUUAGGAUGGUAUACGAUGCGUGACCAAAAUAAGUUUCAAAAAUGACGUGGCAGUUUCGUAAAAUUUCUUAACAAUGAUACUUUUUGGUGUUUAAAUUGUUAAAUGAAGCCUAAAAAUUGAUAUAUUUUUAAAAUUAUAUGUACACAUUGAUUUUGUACAUUUGGUUUUUCAUCUAAUCAUUUUCUUGAAAAUCUGGCAAUGUGCAGCAAUGUACAUUGUACAUAUAAAUCUUCAGGCCUUACUAAAACAAUGCUUUCCUUGCUAAUUUCUCGUGUAUUUAUGCAGUACAAGUAUACUGUAGGUUUUACAAUUUAUAAAAAGAAAACUUUUUCGAUUAGGGUUAUAGUAAUUAAGGUCUUUUAUUAUGUUGAUCUACAAUUUUAAAUGUAGACAGAUACCAACUUCACAAAGCAAAUCAACACAUUAAGUACAUCAACACUUUUAUUUUUUGCCCAAAUCAAAGUGGUGUAUAGUGGUUUUAAAAUUGUCAGUAAUUGGAGAGACUUAUAAAAGGUUAACUUAUUUAUUUUAAGCCAACUUGAUGUAUUAGGGUCACAAAAACUCAACCUACAUGUACACACAUACAUGUAGGCCUACUUAACAAAAUAACAAACGAAAUGUACAUUAUAUUACGUACAUGUCAUAUAUGAUCUUUAAAUCAUAUUCAUAUGCUUUAUGCAAAUAUACAUGUAUUAUGAAUUAUGAUAGAUGUUGCUUUAAACAUAUUAUAUACAUGUAUAACACAAACUCAUCAUCUUUAUUAUAUAUUAUAAAUUUUAAUCAAGUAAGGGCGAAAGAAAUAUAUCAAAAAUUGUUUAUUCGGUGUAAAUACAUGUUAAUGUCAUCCAUAAUUCAUCCAUUUGUCCCCAUCAUAUAGACUGUUAUAGCAUGAAUUAUUUUUAAUUAAUUUUUAUAUGGUAAUAGAAUUCAAUAAGGAGAAAUGAAUUAUGUAGGUUGUUUAAUUUAAAAAAGUGAUACUACUGAGUUACAGACAUAACUGCUUUAAUCCUGUAUAUAUUUAUUAUUAAUCCAGUAUAUGAAGUAUUAAAAAUACAGAACCCACACUGUAUGUAACAAGUUCUUUAAUCACAUCCAAUUGUAAAGUCUCUUAAUUAAUCUGUGCUGUUCUGUUUAUAGCCAGAGUAGGACCUUAGACCCUAUUUAUUUCAUUUCAUUUCUAUUAAUAACAAAAACAGGUUUUUCUUAACCUAAUUUCAAGCUACCUGUAGAUACAUGUACAUGUACUAUUCUUUUUGAUCAUCAACAUUCAUUAGUAAUCUCUGUUGAAGUUCUGGCUUUAAUUUUGAACAUUGUAGAUACUGAAAACAUUUUUAUGAUUUCCCCAGUUUCUGUAAAUUAGAAAAAAGCAAUGAUUGUUCUUUUUUUUUACACCUUUGGGCAUUUUUGUCAGAAUUAAUUAACAUUCAGUGUUGUUUAGAACAUACAAGUGUGAAAUCCACCACUUUUCUAUGAUUAGAUGCCCGGGGGAUAAAUUUCAAACAAAUGGGGUGUUAACUUUAUAUCUAGACUUUGUUUUUAACCGUAAGCAAAAACCUUUAAAGGCAUUAUUUUGUAAAUAAUACAUGACUUAACAUAGAGCUUUUCUAACCCAUAUUAACACUUGGAUUUACAUACAUUAUGUACCUGUACAGUUCUUGUAUUGAUUUAGCAAGCUAAUAUUUAUGGACUUGUAUUCCAAACUCCAGUCUUUAUAGCUAUUUGCUUUUGUUACUCAAGUAAUGUCAAUUGUUUGUAAAAUCCAUGUAUUAUAUUAGUAAUUACAGAGCUGCAAGUUUUUUAAUUCAAGGACCUCAAGUGUUGGGGUAGCUACUAUUGUAAUUGUCACAUGUUCUAAAAUCACUCCACCCAAGUUUUACAAAUACAGCUUAAUUAUGUCAACUCACGAAGCAUAAAAAGCUAGGACACACAAUAGAGUUUACAACUGUUUUCAAAUUUAAUGAGAGUAAAUCCAGGUGUAGGCUAUUUAAUAUAUAAAUAGACUUACAAAUAUACAAACAAUUUUUGUCUAUACAACAUUGGCACAUCUUGUUAUUCCUUUACUACAAUUGACUACAAUAGUAUACACAAAGCUUAAGUAAAUAUACAUAUAUGUUCAAUAAAGUCUUUUAAAUCUUUGAAUAAAGAAUUGGCGUUAAAGAGUUUUGAAGCUCUGUGAACUUUUAUUGUUAUUCUAUGACUUAUGUACUUUUUAUUAUGAAAAUUAAACGUUCAUUUAAGUUUUAUAUUUAAAUCGAAACUUGCUGGCAAGGUUACUUCUUAUAUACAAUGUACCACACAUACUUUAAUUUUUUGUAUUUUUUACAUGUACAUCAAGGAAGCGCUUAAAUGCACACACAUUUUUUGUCUGUCACCAUUUUAAGUUUUAUUAAAGGUAAUUACGAGAAGAUUAAUGUACCCCCCUUUGUGAUAUUAUGGUUGUUGAAAUAAUAGUGCAAUCUUUAUAACUACAACAUGUACAUCAUUCAGUUAUGCUCUAAUCCAUAGUAAAUCUAAAUCGGUUUUGACCAAGAUUUGCAAUUUAUCAUUUGAAAUUUUUAUUUGUGAAUGCAAAUUUACAUACAUGUAUUUACUUUAAAACUUAACACUUUAAUCCAUACCAAUUGUCUUGGAUCUUUUUUGGAGUAGGAGAAAAUAAUGGCAAUGUUUGGUUUACAACUGAAUGAAAAUCAUAUUGAAGGAGUUGUGAAGUUUAUUAUUAUUAUUUCAUGAAUAAAGAUACAUUUGUGUGAAAAACAAGUAGAAAAGUUUCCAAGUGUUUAUUUUAUUGUAUUUUUUUUCUGGACAAGUAGAUUUCAUUUUUUAAAGAAUCAUGAUGUCAUUUUUACAUACAUUGUAUUUCCCUUUAAGAUGAAUUUCACUGUAUAUUACACAUUACAUACAUUAAAACAUCUUCUCUUCUGGUAUCACCCAAUCAAUAUCAUUUCUGUCAGAUUUAGUGUUUAACUAGAAAUGUAUAUCUACAUUUUCUGUGGAAUUAUAUUUUAAAUCUAUAUUUUUAAAUUAUAAUAUAUUAAAAAAACAAAGGUUAUAUAUAAUUAAUAUGAAUAUUUAAAUUAUUGAUGGUUUAUUUUCAUGUCAUUGUAUGUGUAUACAAGAAUGGUGGUUUUCCACAAAAUCUAUUAGAAAAUUGUAUGAAAACUGUUCGGUUGUAAAUUGGUUAAAUCCAUGUCAAGAAUGUUUUAAAUGUAGACUUGUUUCUAUCAUUUGAGACAAUGACACAUACACCCAUGUUAGGUCAUGCACUUUUGAAAGGUGUGCUCUUUAAAAAUUUUAAAAGCUUUACAAAAUUGAUUGCUUCUGUAAUGGUGGCAUUUAAAAUGUCUUCUGCGCAAUGUUGAAUCUUAGGAAAAAAACAAAGAAUUAUAUGAUGAUCACCUUGGAAACAAUAUGGUGAACUUGUUGUUAUUUUGUAGAUUAUUUGAUGUGAUGAAAUGUAAUAAAACAAAAAAUUGCUAGAAACUA